UGUCUAAAGGUGUAACGACCUUAAGCUUUUAACAGAAGAGAAACGAUGGGUUCAGGUUCAGCCACUAUUCUACAGAGAUGGAUCCUUGAUUUUCAUAAACUAAUCUUCUGCCCCAAAUGCACUGCCAAUCAAACCCUAAACACAAACCAUCUCGUUGUAUCAGUGCCCAUUUCCAGAAGGAGUGCCAUAUUGCUCUCUUCAGUGCCUACUCUCACUCUCAUUCCACUGCCCCAUUUCUCUGAGGCGGGAGCCAGGGAGAGACGCAACAAGAAGACCAUCCCCAUUGAAGACUAUCUCACCACCCCCGAGGGAUUGAAGUACUAUGAUAUUGUGGAAGGGAAGGGUCCAGUAGCAGAGAAAGGAUCAACUGUACAGGUGCACUUUGACUGCAUAUAUCGUGGUAUUACUGCUGUUUCAAGUCGGGAGUCUAAGCUUUUAGCUGGGAAUCGCAUCAUUGCCCAGCCAUAUGAAUUCAAGGUUGGAGCUACUCCAGGGAAGGAAAGGAAACGGGAAUAUGUAGAUAAUCCAAAUGGUCUGUUUUCAGCACAAGCCGCACCAAAGCCCCCACCAGCUAUGUAUUAUAUCACAGAAGGAAUGAAAGUUGGGGGCAAGAGGACUGUCAUUGUUACUCCAGAGGCAGGCUAUGGGCAGAAAGGAAUGAAUGAGAUCCCGCCAGGAGCCGAAUUCGAGCUAAAUAUUGAGCUUUUGCAAGUGAUGCCACCCCCGGAGAAUUAAGGCCCACCUGCUGCAUUCCUACUUUCCAUUGAUUAAUAUAUUGGACUAUACAAUUUACAUUCGAGUUGCCCUUAUUCAUAAGUUAUAGCUAAUUAAACCAUGUGUAUGGGUGUGUCAUGAUUGUUUUAAUGUACUAAUAAUUAUUUUGUGUAAAUUUUUUCAAGUUCAUGUAUACAUCUUGAAUUCAUUUUUUUGGGUACCA